UUACAGCCGGCUUUGUUUUCUUUGCUAGAAAAGAAAUAAGAGAAGCGAAAAAAUUUUUGUAUCUUUAAAUUCGUCAUAUAUUGCAAUUGAUACAUUCAAGUUUGUGUGGAACUUUCAUAUUGUAAAAUAUGUCGGACUCGGAAAGUAACAUGUCCGAUAGUGGCUCAGAAGAUGGAUCUGUUGGGUCUAACAAAUCGCAGAAAAGUGCACAUUCUAGAUCACGUUCACCUGCUCGUUCUAGAUCAGGAUCACGGUCUGUUUCCAGGUCCCGGUCUAGAUCAAGGUCCAGGUCCCGAUCACGCUCAAGAUCCAGAUCUCGAUCUAGAUCACGUUCAGGAUCUCGUUCGGUGGCGUCUGAGUCGGGAUCAGAAGGAGGUGGUUCGCCAAGAGGCCAUAAAAGACCACGCGAACGUGAAGAAGAAGAGGAGGAAGAUGUGGAUGGUGAUGACGUUGAUUCCGAGGAAUAUGAAGAGGACGAGGAGGAUAGACACAGAAAGAAAAAGAAAAAGGAUCGAUUUGGAGGAUUUAUUAUUGACGAAGCCGAAGUUGACGAUGAGGUGGAUGAGGAUGAGGAAUGGGAAGAAGGAGCCAAUGAAUUGGGCAUCGUUGGUAAUGAAAUUGACGAAUUGGGUCCAACAGCCCGUGAUAUUGAAAUAAGACGACGUGGCACCAAUCUUUGGGACACUCAGAGAGAGGAUGAAAUAGAGGAAUAUUUGCGCAAGAAAUAUGCUGAUGAAUCGAUCGCAAAAAGACAUUUUGGUGAUGGUGGCGAGGAAAUGUCUGACGAAAUUACCCAACAAACUUUGUUGCCUGGAAUCAAGGAUCCUAAUUUGUGGAUGGUAAAAUGUCGUAUUGGUGAGGAAAAGGCCACUGCACUGUUAUUGAUGCGUAAAUUCUUGACAUACCUAAAUACUGAUGAACCUUUACAAAUCAAAUCAGUUGUAACACCAGAGGGUGUUAAGGGUUACGUUUAUAUUGAAUCCUAUAAACAAACGCACGUUAAAGCGGCUAUCAACAAUGUGGGCAAUCUCCGAAUGGGCCAGUGGAAGCAGGAAAUGGUACCCAUUAAGGAAAUGACAGAUGUUUUAAAGGUCGUUAAGGAGCAAGUCGGCCUAAAGGUCAAACAGUGGGUGAGGCUCAAGAGAGGUCUUUACAAAGAUGACAUUGCACAAGUAGAUUAUGUUGAUUUGGCCCAAAAUCAAGCCCAUCUGAAACUGUUGCCUCGUAUAGAUUAUACUAGGAUGAGAGGAGCUUUACGUACUACAUCUAGUGACGCUGACAGAGGUAAAAAGAAACGCAGGCCACCAGCCAAACCUUUUGAUCCUGAAGCUGUACGAGCUAUUGGUGGUGAAGUCCAUUCCGAUGGUGACUUUUUGCUGUUUGAAGGCAAUCGAUAUUCGCGCAAGGGUUUCCUGUACAAAAAUUUCACCAUGUCAGCUAUACAGGCUGAAGGUGUGAAACCCACAUUAGCUGAAUUGGAGAGAUUUGAAGAGACACCAGAAGAUGUGAAUCUAGAAAUUGCAGUUGGAGCUAAAGAUGAUCCCACCAUGGGUCAUUCAUUUUCAAUGGGGGACAAUGUGGAGGUUUGCGUUGGUGAUUUAGAGAAUUUGCAAGCCAAGAUUAUUGCCAUAGAUGGUGGUAUGAUAACUGUCAUGCCCAAACAUCAAGAUCUAAAGGAUCCCUUGGUAUUUAAAGCAAACGAAUUGCGUAAAUACUUUAAAACUGGUGACCAUGCACGUGUAUUAGCAGGUCGAUACGAAGGAGAAACUGGUUUGAUUAUACGUGUCGAACCAUCAAGAGUUGUGCUGGUGUCUGAUUUGACAAACCAUGAAUUGGAGGUAUUGCCAAAAGAUCUACAGCUUUGUUCUGAUGUUGCCACUGGAGUAGAUAGCCUGGGCCAAUUCCAAUGGGGAGACUUGGUACAACUGGAUGCACAAAAUGUUGGAGUGAUUGUCCGUUUAGAGCGAGAAAACUUUCAUGUCUUGGGUAUGCACGGAAAAGUUAUAGAAUGUAAACCAACAGCUUUACAUAAGAGGCGUGAAAAUCGAAAUACCAUUGCUUUGGAUGCUGAUCAAAAUCAAAUUAGAAGACGCGAUAUUGUAAAAGUUAUGGAAGGACCUCAUGCAGGGCGUUCCGGCGAAAUAAAGCAUUUAUACCGAAGCUUGGCUUUUCUACACUGUCGUAUGUACACCGAAAAUGGUGGCAUUUUCGUUUGUAAAACACGCCAUCUCCAGUUGGCUGGCGGUAGCAAAUCCCAGUCAAAUACCUUUGGUCCUUUGGGAGGUUUGGGUUUUAUGUCUCCCCGCAUACAAUCACCAAUGCAUCCCUCCGGGGGUCGGGGAGCUCGUGGCGGUGCUAGAGGAAGAGGCGGUUUUCGUGUUACUCGUGAUCGUGAAAUAUUGGGCAAAACUAUAAAAAUCAGUGGAGGUUCAUACAAAGGUGUCAUCGGCAUUGUUAAGGAUGCCACUGAAACUACAGCUCGCGUUGAAUUGCACACAUCAUGUCAAACUAUUUCUGUUGAUCGCAACCAUAUUGCAAUUGUGGGACCCGCCGGCAAAGAUGGCAGUUUAUCUUCAUAUGGCCGUACACCAGCACGCACACCUGGUUAUGGCUCCCACACCCCAAUUUAUGCAGCUGCUGGCUCCAAAACGCCAUUGCUUGGCAGCCAAACGCCCAAUUGGGAUUCUGAAGGACGUACUCCGUAUAGCAGUUCUAUGACUCCACUUCAUGACGGCAGUAUGACACCAAGACAUGGAGCUUGGGAUCCAAAUGUAACCAAUACACCAGCACGCAGCAAUGACUUUGAUUAUUCGCUGGAAGAGCCAAGCCCCAGUCCAGGCUACAAUCCCAGCACUCCGGGCUAUCAGAUCAAUACACAAUUUCCACCACAAACACCGGGUACCUUAUAUGGUUCAGAUCGUAGCUACAGUCCAUUCAAUCCAAGCCCAAGUCCGGCUCCAUCUCCUUAUCCAGUGGGUUAUAUGAACACCCCCUCACCAUCCAGUUAUUCCCCCAAUACACCUGGAGGAGGAGCUCCAAAUUCACCCUACAAUCCUCAGACUCCAGGCGCAAGUUUGGAAUCCCCUAUUGGCGAUUGGUGCACUACAGAUAUUGUAGUUAAAAUUCAUACACAUGACGAUGCCGAUUUGGUAGGCCAAACAGGCAUUAUACGCACCGUUUCCAAUGGAGUCUGUUCGGUAUUUUUACAAGAAGAAGAUCGAAGUGUAUCGGUUGUUAGUGAAAAUUUAGCUCCUGUCUUGCCCGAGGCUGGCGACGAAUUUAAAGUUAUAUAUGGCGAUGAGCGUGAAUCGGUUGGUAAAUUGGUAUCGAUCUCAGACAAAGACACUUGUAUCUGUAAGCUUAAUGGAGAUGUGAAAAUGAUUCCCACCGUAUACUUGGCCAAGAUGAAAUCAAUUGAUUAAAAGUUUCCAGAAGACCCCCAGAUUAAUGGUCGACGAUACGUACAAGUUAUCAGAAGAUAUAAAUGCUACAAUGGGUAUUGUCACUGCCACAAUUUGGCAAAUAUUAAUCCCUUUCAAUAAUAUUUUUCUUUGCUUAAAUUAAGAAAAUAAAUAGAUUUUACGAAAUCUUAAACAA